UCGCUUUGAUUGGACAAAUCUACUACACUGGGAAUUCCCGAUCUGCCAAACGUCAGUGUGAGGAGAGUUGUCCCGAAUUUUUAGAUAUUUCUUCGAACAGUUCUUGACAGCUCUUAGGAGUUGAUGGAAAUAUGAAGAAAACACUAUUCAUUCUAGCAGUUUUAGGAGUUUUGUGCGUUACCGCAGUGCGGGCGGAGGAAGAUGACGCUACUGUGGAAUUGGACAUGGGAAAAAGUCGUGAUGGGUCCAGAACAGACGAUGAAGUUGUUGGAAGAGAGGAGGAGGCCAUUAAACUAGAUGGUUUGAAUGUUGCUCAAAUGAAGGAACUCCGCGACAAAGCUGAGAAACAUGCAUUCCAGGCAGAAGUGAACCGCAUGAUGAAACUCAUCAUUAACUCACUUUACAAGAACAAAGAGAUUUUCCUGAGAGAAUUGAUCUCCAACGCCUCUGAUGCCCUCGAUAAAAUCCGAUUCCUUUCGCUCACAGAUAAAUCGGCACUUUCUGCAACAGAUGAACUUAGUAUCAAAAUUAAGGCUGACAAAGACAACCAUGUUCUACAUGUUAUUGACACUGGCGUGGGUAUGACCAAAAAUGACCUGGUUAAUAACCUUGGUACCAUCGCAAAAUCAGGAACCAGUGAAUUCCUUACGAAACUUGGGGAUGCUUCAUCUUCUGUUCAGAUGAACGACCUUAUCGGACAGUUUGGUGUUGGAUUCUACGCAUCUUUCCUCGUUGCUGACCGUGUGAUUGUGACGUCCAAGCAUAAUGAUGAUGAGCAGUACGUUUGGGAGUCUGACUCCAAUGAAUUCAGUGUCAGCAAAGACCCACGUGGCAACACUCUCGGACGUGGAACACAGAUCAGUCUUCACCUGAAGGAAGAGGCCCAUGAGUUCCUUGAAGAGGGAAGCCUUAAGUCUCUGGUACAGAAGUACAGUCAGUUCAUUAACUUCAACAUCUACCUCUGGGAGAGUAAGACCGAGGAAGUUGAAGAGCCACUUGACGAGGAUGAAGCAGAAGAAGCAGAGGCUGACAAAGAAGAGGAUGAAGAUGAUGAUGAGGCUGAGGUGGAAGAGGAGAAGGAAGACGAUAAGCCGAAAACCAAGAAAGUCUCCAAGACUGUUUGGGACUGGGUUCUUGUCAACAAUGUGAAACCCAUCUGGACCAGAAAACCAAGUGAUGUUGAAGAUUCAGAAUACAACGAGUUCUACAAGUCCAUCGGCAAGCAUUCUGACGAGCCCCUGGCCAAGAUCCACUUCACAGCAGAGGGAGAGGUGACCUUCAAAUCCAUCCUUUUUGUGCCAAAGACCAGCCCAAGUGACAUGUUCCAAAACUACGGGAAAAAGAUGGAGGGUAUUAAGAUGUACGUCCGGCGUGUUUUCAUCACAGAAGAUUUCGAAGACAUGAUGCCCAAGUACUUGUCGUUCGUUAAUGGCGUAGUUGACUCUGACGAUCUUCCGCUGAAUGUUUCCCGCGAGACUCUUCAACAACACAAGCUUCUGAAGGUGAUCAAGAAGAAGCUGGUUCGCAAGACCCUUGAUAUGAUAAAAAAGAUUGAGGGUGAAGACUAUGAUAAGUUCUGGAAGGAGUACUCUACAAACAUCAAGCUUGGAGUCAUUGAAGACCACUCUAACAGGACUCGUCUUGCCAAGCUGCUCAAAUUCUUCACUUCCAACUCUGACACCGAACAGACCUCACUGGCGGACUACAUCGAAAGAAUGAAGGAAAAGCAGGAACAUAUCUACUUCAUGGCCGGUACCAGCCGUGGCGAGGUUGAGAAAUCCCCGUUCGUUGAGCGACUCCUGAAGAAGGGAUAUGAAGUCCUGUAUCUGACAGAACCAGUCGAUGAAUACUGCAUCCAAUCUCUACCCGAGUUUGAGGGCAAGAAAUUCCAGAAUGUUGCGAAAGAGGGAGUCAAAAUCGACCAGUCAGAAAAGGCAAAGGAAUACAAAGAAGGGUUGGAGAAGGACUUUGAGCCCCUUAUGAAGUGGCUGAAAGAAAGUGCUCUCAAGGAUCAGAUUGAGAAGGCCGUAAUUUCAGAAAGGUUGACAGAAUCUCCAUGUGCUCUUGUUGCCAGCCAGUACGGUUGGUCUGGAAACAUGGAACGCAUCAUGAAGGCCCAGGCAUAUGCCAAGUCACAGGACCCAUCACAACAGUACUAUGCUACUCAGAAGAAAACAUUAGAAAUCAACCCAAGACAUCCAUUGAUAAAGGAACUUAAAACAAGAAUAGAAGCAAAUGAGGAGGAUGAUACAGCGAAGGACUUGGCAUAUGUGAUGUUCGAGACUGCCACCUUACGCUCGGGAUUCAAUGUUCCUGAUUCUGCAGCUUUCGCCACAAGAAUCGAGAAAAUGUUACGACAUGCCAUGGAUGUCGAUUUGAAUGCUAAGGUUGAAGAGGAGCCAGUUUUUGAGGAGGAGGAAGAAGCCGCCGACGAUGAUGAAGACAAUGAAGAAGUGGAUGCCGACGGGGAGGAUGCUGAUGCAGAGAAGGAAACGUGCACUUUCUGCAAAAGGAAACUCAUGGGCAUGUGGAGCAGUUCUGAUACAAAGGAUUCCGAUGGAGAUGGUAUUCCUGAUCAUCUUGACCCGGACGAUGACAAUGAUGGCAUUCCCGAUACAGAGGAGGCAGGGCAAUGCGACGGAGACGAUUGUAAGAAUAUUGACACCGACGGUGAUGGUAUACCAGACUGGAUGGAAAAAGAUACAGAUGGCGACGGCAUUCCUGAUUAUCUUGAUGACGAUGAUGACAAUGAUGGCAUUCCUGACAGUGAAGACGAAGAUUCCGACGGUGACGGAAUACCUGACUGGAAAGAAAAAGACACAGACGGUGAUGGUAUUCCCGACUAUCUUGACGAUGACGAUGACAAUGAUGGCAUUCCUGACGACCAAGACAACGACGCUGAUGGUGAUGGAAUACCUGAUUAUCUAGAAAAGGAUACAGAUGGAGACGGUAUCCCUGACUACCUUGAUGACGAUAUUGAUGGUGAUGGUAUUCCAAAUGAUCAGGACGAUGACGACGACAAUGAUGGAAUUCCAGAUGACAAAGAAGAUUCCGAUGGAGACGGAAUACCAGAUGUUUUAGACAGCGACGAUGACGGUGACGGUAUUCCCGAUGAUCAAGAAAAGGAUACGGACGGAGAUGGAAUACCGGAUUAUCUUGACGAUGAUGAUGAUGGCGAUGGCAUUCCAGAUGACAAAGAACAAGAUUCAGACGGAGAUGGAAUCCCUGACGACCUUGACGAAGAUGACGACGGGGAUGGCAUUCCUGAUGACCAGGAAGAUAGCGAUGGUGAUGGUAUACCUGAUAUCCUUGAAAAAGAUUCGGAUGGGGAUGGAAUUCCUGAUUGGAAGGAAAAGGACACCGAUGGAGAUGGGAUUCCUGAUUAUCUUGACAACGAUAUUGAUGGUGAUGGCAUUCCUAAUGAAGAGGAUGAUGAUAUAGAUGGAGAUGGAAUUUUGAAUGAGGAAGAUGACGAUAAUUAUGAUUAUGAAAGAGCAAAUUAUCUUGAAAAAGACACUGAUGGCGAUGGAAUACCAGACUAUCUUGAUGAUGAUAUAGACGGAGAUGGAAUUCCUAACGAGGAAGAUGAUGAUGACGACGGCGAUGGAAUUCCCGACAAUCUGGAAGACUCAGAUGGUGACGGAAUACCGGACUCCAUUGAUAAUGACGACGACAAUGACGGUAUUCCAGAUGAAAAGGAACUCGAUUCAGAUGGAGACGGAAUUCCUGACUACCUAGAUGAUGACGAUGACAAUGAUGGCAUACCGGAUGAACUAGAUGAUGACGAUGAUGGCGAUGGUAUUCCGGAUUAUCAACAAAGGGAUACCGACGGAGAUGGUAUCCCAGACUAUCUGGAUGAUGAUAUUGAUGGUGAUGGAAUACCAAAUGAAGAUGAUGACGAUAUUGACGGCGAUGGAAUCAAAAACGAUAAAGAUAUCGAUUCUGGUGGGCAACGAACUGGCAAAUUUAAAGAUACAGACGGAGAUGGUAUACCUGAUUAUUUAGACGACGAUAUUGAUGGCGACGGUAUACCAAACGAUAUUGAUGACGAUAUUGACGGUGAUGGAACACCAAAUGAUCAGGACGAUGAUGACGACGGAGAUGGUAUUCCUGACGAUAAAGAGAAAGAUACAGACGGCGAUGGUAUCCCCGAUUACCUUGAUGAUGACAUUGAUGGGGAUGGUAUUCCAAAUGACAAAGACGAUGACGUCGACGGAGACGGUAUACCGAAUAACUUAGAUUUGGAUUCAGAUGGCGAUGGUAUUCCAGAUUGGAAAGAAAAAGAUACAGAUGGCGACGGAAUCCCUGAUUACCUGGAUGAUGACAUAGAUGGGGAUGGUAUACCGAAUGAUGACGACGAUGAUGUUGAUGGUGACGGUAUUCCAAAUGAUCUUGAUAAUGACGAUGAUGGAGAUGGGAUACCUGACUAUAUGGAACAGGAUUCCGAUGGUGAUGGAAUUCCGGAUUGGAAAGAGAAGGAUACGGAUGGUGACGGAAUUCCAGAUUAUCUUGAUGAUGAUAUCGAUGGCGAUGGUAUUCCGAACGAACAAGAUGAUGAUAUUGACGGCGACGGCAUUAAAAAUGAGCAAGACGACGACGAUGAUGGGGAUGGCAUUCCUGAUUGGAUGGAAACAGAUUCUGAUGGUGAUGGAAUUCCCGACUGGAAAGAAAAAGACACUGACGGAGAUGGUAUUCCAGAUUAUUUGGAUGACGAUAUAGAUGGGGAUGGAAUUCCAAAUGAUGAAGACGAUGACAUCGACGGUGAUGGAAUUCCCAAUGACCGAGACGAUGAUGAUGAUGGUGAUGGUAUUCCCGAUUGGCAGGAAAAGGACACUGACGGAGACGGAAUACCAGAUUAUCUUGACGACGAUAUUGAUGGCGAUGGUAUUCCAAAUGAAUUGGAUGACGAUGAUGACGGAGAUGGUAUUUUGGAUUCAAUGGAAGAUUCCGAUGGUGAUGGAAUACCGGACUGGAAAGAAAAGGACACUGACGGAGACGGGAUACCAGAUUAUCUUGAUGACGACAUAGAUGGAGAUGGUAUUCCAAAUGAUAAGGAUGACGACGACGAUGGUGAUGGGAUUCCUGACAGCAAUGAAAUAGACGCAAAUGGUGAUGGCAUCCCGGAUUGGAAACAACAAGAUACAGAUGGCGAUGGUAUCCCUGACUAUCUUGAUGAUGACAUUGAUGGUGACGGUAUCCCAAAUGAAAAGGACGAUGAUAUUGAUGGCGACGGGAUUCCAAACAGUGAAGAUGAUGACGAUGAUGGGGAUGGAAUACCUGAUUCGAAAGAGAAAGAUACCGAUGGCGAUGGUAUUCCCGAUUAUCUUGAUGAUGAUAUCGACGGUGAUGGUAUUCCCAACGAUCAAGACAACGAUAUAGAUGGAGAUGGUAUUGCAAACGACAAGGACGAUGAUGAUAAUGGCAAUGGUAUACCGGAUUACCUGGAAAAGGACACCGAUGGUGACGGGAUUCCAGAUUAUUUAGAUGAUGACAUCGACGGCGAUGGAAUCCCAAAUAAUGAGGAUGAUGACGAUGAUGGCGAUGGUAUUUCGGAUCUUAUGGAAAAAGAUUCUGAUGGUGACGGCAUUCCAGAUUGGAAGGAAAAGGAUACCGAUGGCGAUGGAAUCCCUGACUACCUUGAUGAUGAUAUUGACGGAGAUGGCAUUCCAAAUAAUCAAGAUGACGACGAUGACGGUGACGGCAUUCCAGACUGGAAAGAAAAGGAUACCGAUGGUGAUGGAAUCCCUGACUACCUUGAUGAUGAUAUUGACGGAGAUGGCAUUCCGAAUAAUCAAGAUGACGACGAUGACGGUGACGGCAUUCCAGACUGGAAAGAAAAAGAUACCGAUGGUGAUGGAAUUCCUGACUACCUUGAUGAUGAUAUUGACGGAGAUGGCAUUCCAAAUAAUCAAGAUGACGACGAUGACGGUGACGGCAUUCCAGACUGGAAAGAAAAGGAUACCGAUGGUGAUGGAAUUCCUGACUACCUUGAUGAUGAUAUUGACGGAGAUGGCAUUCCAAAUAAUCAAGAUGACGACGAUGACGGUGACGGCAUUCCUGACUGGAAAGAAAAGGAUACUGAUGGUGACGGAAUCCCCGACUACCUAGAUGAGGAUAUUGAUGGCGAUGGUAUUCCAAAUGACCAAGAUGAAGAUGUUGAUGGUGAUGGCAUUCCAAAUGAUCAAGAUGACGAUGGUGACGGCAUUCCAGAUUGGAUGGAAAAGGAUUCGGAUGGUGACGGAAUUCCCGACUGGAAAGAAAAGGAUACUGAUGGCGACGGUAUUCCUGACUAUCUCGACGAUGACAUCGAUGGCGAUGGCAUUCCAAAUAAUCAAGAUGAUGAUAUUGAUGGUGAUGGCAUCCCUAACGAGCAAGACGACGAUGAUGACGGAGACGGUAUACCUGAUUAUCUAGAAAAGGAUACGGACGGUGAUGGGAUUCCAGAUUAUUUAGAUGACGAUAUUGAUGGUGAUGGAAUUCCAAAUGAUGAGGAUGAUGACGAUGAUGGAGAUGGUAUCAGUGAUGAAAAUGAAUUAGAUUCGGAUGGAGAUGGUAUUCCCGAUUAUUUGGACGAAGAUGAUGAUGGUGAUGGAAUUCCAGACUGGAAAGAAAUCGACACAGAUGGAGAUGGAAUUCCCGACUAUCUUGAUGAAGAUGAUGACAAUGAUGGAAUACCUGACGAACUUGACGAUGAUGAUGACGGUGAUGGUAUUCCAGACAAUAAAGAAGAUGCAGAUGGUGAUGGAAUACCAGAUAACAAGGAAAAGGGCCAAAAACGGAACUUAAAGCAAGCAAAUGAUAAUGAUCAUGAUGACAAUGACGAUGAUAAUGAUGAAAAGAAUGGAGGUGGUAAGAGUUUAUUUGGAAAAAUUGUAGGAAGCAUUAAAAACUUGUUUCUUUCUGAAGAUGAUGAUGAUACGCGGAAAAAGGUAAUGAAAAACAUUCCAAAAGCCAAAAUUAAUAAACAACAAGCUAAUAUAAUAAAGAAAAAUAAAAACAGCAAAAUUAAGCAUCAAACUACCUUAAAAGAUGAACAUGUGCACGAAGAGGAAAUAGAUUUAUUUGAUCUUGUUAAAUCAACGAUAUUUGGUAAAGAUGAUGACGACGAGAAUACAUCCGGAAGCAAUCAAAAGAAGUCUAGGAAUUAACAUUACAUAUCGUUUAAUAUAUUUACACACAUUAUAAUUGUACGAUGCAUUUAUUAAUCAAGCGUGGUAUCGGAGAAUGUGCAAUAUAUAUUUAUAUUUCUAUAUAUGUUAUUUCCAUAAAUACAAUAUUGGUGCACGCACUAUAUGAAAAAAAGAUACAGUUACAAUAUCGGAUAUUCCAAACUUUUGUAAAUGUUAAAAACAUGUUUAUAACUUUUAUGCUGUAAUGAUAGUAACUUUGAUUGGUUGUUUUAUGAUGCUCAGAUCAGUCAAGAAAUCACAUUGAAUCCAUGGUAUGAAAGUGUUCUAUUUUUGUGCUGAGUGUGCCAAUUCUCAUCUUAACAACCGUCUUAUGAAUAUAAGGUGCCAUUAUUAUAGGUAUUAUACGUCUUUAAAAACAACUUAUUUACACAUGUACGAAUGAAAUGUUAUUUAACAGUAGUUAAUUGACAAAUCUUUUUCAUACAAUGUCAAAACUGAUUUUGCUACCACUUCUGAACAAAAUAUAAUACAUACUUACUUUUAGACAUUUACAAAUAUGUUAACAACAUUGAUUCUUAAACAAUAUCUGAGAGACAAAUAUUAUGCUUUUUUUUAUUAAAAAUCAUAUACACUGUAUUACAUUUGUUUGAAAUUCAAGAGUGUUAUUAGUUAGUCUUUCCUAGGUUUAUCAUUCUACUUACACGAAAAGUCCAAGCAUUUUUCCUAAGUUUUGCACAGUGUUUACAAUGGCACGUCCAAUGACAAAGAUUUCAAGUUGAGUUGUCUUUCUUGUGUUACUAGUUUCCAACAUGGCAGCUCAUAUAAUGUUUUUCAAUUGGUCAUCAUGUUCUUAGUAGGUAAAUAUGUAAAAUGCAAUAAAUAUUUCCCACAAUCUGGUAUUUAUUUUCGCCAGUUUACCGUAUAUUUUGUGAUAGAGCCUUAACAUUGUUGUCAUGGCUUUCCCUUGAAGUAAUGCGUAAUAUAGUCCGAUUGCAAUGACCAAAAGUAUUGGUCGUACUUUUGAUACAAGUUUCUUUCAAUUAAGUCCAAGAUUUAAAUUUUAAAUAGCCAUUGAUAAACUUAGCGUCAUUAGGAGCGGCAGAAGAUUAGAUUUAGUCAUUUCCAAGACAGGUCAAAGUAGUCGGACUUUUUUACAUUGUUGUUGUAUUAGUAAAUGUUGCUUACACAGAGUGCGAUUUGUUUCAUAUUACCAUGUUCCUUUUGAAAUAAACUGAAAAAAGAUUGUUAA